AUGUCUCUCAAAAAGGCAUUGAACAAGCUCAAGCCGGGCCACCACAGCAACCCGGCCUCAGACGACGAGAGCAACAAGGUGCCUCCCGUGGCAUCCGGCACCACCGCAACCUCCAAUGGCUUGCCUAUUAGAGCCCAGUCGCCAAAUGCGACCCCGCGUUCUUCUGGCAUCUUCAGCCACAGGGCCAGCGGCGACUACAAGCGCAGCGAAGUCACUUCUCCCACAGAUAGCAGGAGCAGUUUAGAGGGCCCGCGUCACUCUCUGACCGGACUCCUCGGCCGCCGCACCGACAGUCCCAACCGUUCCGGUACCAAGUCGAGCAACAAUCACCAGCGAUCCGGCUCGCUCUCUACGCACAGCCCCAUCCGUGCAGUGAAGGAGAAGCUGCAUAUUGGAGGCGACAACUCGUCCAGUGAUGAGGGAGUCCCGCUCAACCGCGAUGGCGAGCCCAUGUCCAAGAACCAGGCGCGAAAGGCCGAGAGGCAAGCCCAGCAGGAAGAGCGCCACAAGCAGAACAUGGAGAAGGAGAAGCUCCUUGAGCAGAGGCGGAAGGAAAUGGACGCGCAGGCCGAGGCUGAGCUCACACCAGAACAAAAGGCCAAGUACGGCAGCUUCCACCCCAACGCCUAUGCUGGCGAGUGGAAGCAUGAGCCCCGGAUGAAGAUCGAGGAAUUUUCAGCCAAAGACGUUGGCAAGGAAGUUGUCUUCCGCGCUCGUAUCCACCACUUGCGGAAGAUGAGUUCCAAAUUUGUCUUCUUCAUGUUCCGCCAGCAGCUCGCUACCAUCCAGGGUGUCUUGAUGGAGCAUGCAGACAUUUCGAAGUACAUGCUAUACUGGGCAGAGCACCUCGACGCCGAAACCGUUGUGCUGGUCAAGGGUAUCCUUCAGGAGCCCAAGGCCAAGCAGGGUGAGGUUCUUGGAGCCACCAUUCACGACGUCGAGGUCUCUGUACACGCCAUGCACGUUGAGGCUGCUGUGACCGAGAACCUUCCCUUCAACGUCAACGAGGCAGAGGUCUCAAAGGCCGAAGUCGAUGCCGAACUCGCAAAGUCGGAGCACAAGGAGGGUCACAGCCGCGUCAGGAUCUCAGAUCGCACACGUCUCACCAACCGUGUCAUCGAUCUGCGGACAACGGCUUCUCAGGGCAUCUUCCGCAUUCAGUCCGGUAUAUGCAGCCUGUUCCGUGCCCAGCUGGACUCGGAAGGCUUCAUUGAGAUCCACACGCCAAAGCUGCAGGGUGGUGCCACUGAAUCCGGAGCCAGCGUCUUCAAGAUUGACUACUUUGGCCGCGGCGCUUUCCUCGCCCAGAGUCCUCAAUUAGCCAAGCAGAUGGCUAUUUCAGCCGAUUUUGGAAAGGUCUACGAAAUCGGAGCUGUCUUCCGUGCAGAGAACUCCAAUACGUACCGUCACUUGACCGAAUACACAGGUCUCGAUCUCGAGAUGCAAAUCGACGAGCAUUAUCACGAAGUCCUCCGCGUCCUCGACCGAACAUUCAAAGCCAUCUUCAAGGGCGUCUACGAACGAUACCGCCCUGAGAUUGAGAUCAUCAAGAAGCACUUCCCUCACGAGGAUCUAGUGUGGCUGGACGAGACACCUGUUCUUGCAUUCGCAGACGCAGUCAAGAUGCUGAAUGAGUCGGGGUGGAGAGACGAUGAGGGCAAAGAGCUCGACGUAAAUGAGGAUUUGGGCACACGAGACGAGGUACAACUUGGUCGUGUUAUCAAACAGAAGCUCGGAACAGACUACUACAUCUUGGACAAGUUCCCCGCCAAUGCCCGACCCUUCUACGCGAUGCCAGACCCGAACAACCCCAACGUCACGAACUCGUUCGAUAUCUUCUGUCGUGGCCAGGAAAUUCUAAGUGGUGGCCAGCGUAUACACGAUGCAGACAUGCUUCUCGAGAAGAUGCGCAAGAUGAAGGUCGAUCCCCAGUCGAUGGAAGAGUACAUUCAGGGCUUCCAGUGGGGUGCUCCCCCACACGGUGGAGGUGGUAUCGGACUCGAACGUAUUCUCAUGUUGAUGAUGAGUCUUGGAAACAUUCGCCACGCGUCCAUGUUCCCUCCGAGACCCCAAGAGUCUGCCGGAGAGCUACGCCAUCCCGAGGCCAGCACCAUGCAUCCCCCAUGGGAAGGCCAAGAUCGUGUCGCCGCCAAAGUCGACUACCAGCCUGUCGAGAAGCUCAUCGCAAACUACGGUGAUGCGACAAAUACCUCAUGGCUUGAGCCACGGACAGAGAUCUGGCGCGACGAGCACACUGGAGCUGCUGUUGGAUUUGUGCCUCAGGAUGGCUAUGCUAUUACUGUUGGUGAUCCUCUCUGCCACCCGUCUCAAUACCUGAAGACUAUGACUGCAUACCUCAAGUAUAUCAAGAAGGAGCGCAAUCUCAAGCCGCUGUGGCUUCUUGUUGGUGGUCCAGUGGAGGAAACCUUGGCUACCAAAUUCAACUGGCGUACGUUCUCCGUCACUGGCGAGCAGCGUGUAGACCCUAUUCACAACCCCGCCGAGAAGGACAGUGAUGUGCAGCGCAAGAUCCGACAUGCUGAGAAGGAAGGGUGUCAAGAUCACCGACUAUGAGCUUGGUUCGCCGCCACCUCCAGAGAUCAAGGCCAAGGUCGAUGCUCGCGUUGAAGACUGGUUGAAGAACCGCAAGGGCAAGCAGGUACAUCUGACAAACAUUCACCCAUGGCAAGAUGAGGAGCAUCGCCAAUACCAUAUUGCCUAUACUUCCGACGGCACUAUUGCCGCCUUCGUCGCCAUGGCGCAACUCUCCCCCGACCACGGCUGGCAAGUCAAGUACUCGCUCGACUUCCCAGGCCGCACCGGGCGGGUUCCAUCGAGUACAUCGUCACACACGCCCUCAAGAUGGUCGGUGCCAGUGGCGCAAGCACUGUCACUUUCGGUGGCGGUGCUGCCUCCAAAUUCACCCCCGGCCACAACGUCAAGGGUACUCGUGUCAAGGUGCUCAGUCGCGCGUACCACGCCAUCGCGACUGAACUCAAGCUCACUAACAAGACUGAGUUCCGCGAGAAGCUUGGCGCCAUCGACGACCCGAGUUACAUCUGCUAUCCACCACACGGCCUGGGACCAUUGGCAGUCAAGGCCAUCUUGAACUUCUUCUCAGAUGAGGACGAUAACUAAGGUCCUAUAUUCACGGGACGGAACGUACACGCUUGGAUGGAACAUGGGAUUAGAGAGCAGCGGAAGGAUGUGUUGCAUGAUACCACCGGAGUACGCAUGAUGGAAUAAGGUUUGUUGCGCGGGAACAGAUCAUCUCUUUUGUUUUUGAUAGCUAGAUUACCCUUGGUCUUCUGAAAUUCUAUACCCCUCUAUCUUA